AUGGCGGGGGGCGGAGACGGGGACGGGUCGGGCCAGCAGCCGGAGGUCGACGAGGACGAGGCGGCGUAUAGCCGGCGCUGGGGCGCGCAGCAUGCCGGGGCCCGCGAGCUGGCCGCGCUCUACUCACCAGGCAAGCGCUUCCAGGAGUGGUGCUGUGUGGUGCUGUGCUUCAGCCUCAUCGCCCACAACACGGUCCACCUCCUGCUGCUGGCUCACUGGGAGCACACACCUCUCGUAAUGCUGGGAGUCGUUGCAGGGGCUCUCAUUGCUGACUUCUUGUCUGGCCUGGUGCACUGGGGAGCCGACACCUGGGGCUCCGUGGAGCUGCCCAUCGUGGGGAAGGCUUUCAUCCGGCCAUUCCGGGAGCAUCACAUCGACCCGACAGCCAUUACACGGCACGACUUCAUUGAGACCAAUGGGGACAACUGCCUGGUGACGCUGCUACCACUGUUAAACAUGGCCUACAAGUUCCGCACCCAGAGCCCAGAAGUCCUGGAACAGCUGUACCCCUGGGAAUGCUUCGUCUUCUGCCUGAUCAUCUUCGGUACCUUCACCAACCAGAUCCACAAGUGGUCACACACGUACUUUGGGCUGCCGCGCUGGGUCGUCCUCCUACAGGACUGGCAUGUCAUCCUGCCUCGUAAACACCAUCGCAUCCACCACGUCUCACCCCACGAGACCUACUUCUGCAUCACCACAGGCUGGCUCAACUACCCUCUCGAGAAGAUGGGCUUCUGGAGACGCCUAGAGGACAUUAUCCAGGGCCUGACAGGCGAGAAGCCUCGGGCAGACGACAUGAAAUGGGCACAGAAGAUCAAAUAA